AUGUCUGCCUUGGAAGUCAAGGACGACUAUAACAUUCAGGAAGCGUGGGAAAGGGCUUGUGGGGCAUUUGCGCAGACGACCAAAGUCGACCUCACUACGUCUCCAAAAUUCACCGUCGACGAGGUCCUCGACCAAAUUCGGAUAAAGCAAGAUGAGGACGACGAGAAAAACACAAAAUUCAAGACUGCCAAGAAUAUAAUAAGCAAGACGCUGACAUUGAUCACGGUGCUUGGUGGUAUAGCUGCCCAGGGUGCUAGCAUGGUCUUCGCACCUACUAGCCUCUGCUUCAAUGCACGCAUUUUCAAGCGCUGCAGGAUCUAUAUGCGUUUACCGGCAGACGCCGUUGACAUUUCCCUCCGCAGAAUUAUUAACGAGGAAUUGGUAUAUUUUGUUGAUAUUUGUACAUUGUCUAUCAAGGUGCUCAAGGGCAAUAAGAUUCUCACUGCCCUCAAAGCUUUUGCCUUUGAUAGCAAUGAAGGUAUCAGCAGUCAAUUAGACCGCCUGUCUUUGCUGGUUGAAUGUGAAUCUCAGAUACAAGUAACUCUGGGAUUCGAGUCACAGAAGACCAGCGAAAUAGUCAUCGUUAAAACACAAGAUAAAACUCAGAAGGUCAAUGCCUCAAGAGACGCAGAUAAUAUAGCACAGCAAAUCUUAAGCAACAUUGAUACAAGUCUUGGCACACCCAGCGAGACGUACAAGGCUAUCCAGACAAUUUACAAACGUCGCUUGAAUAACCAAGUCUCAGGUAGUGGAGGAUGGCUUCAACAUGACCCUUUAUUCACGGCAUGGGCAGAUGUCCGACGGUUGCGGUUUUCCAUUUUGGGGGUCACAGGAGGUGAGGACUGUGGCAAGUCGUUCCUUUUUGCAGCUAUCAUCAAGCAUUUGCAGGAACUGUACGCUGAGGCUACAAAGGACAUGAACUGCACCUCCAUUUGCUACUAUAUUUUCAAUCAACAAAAAGUGAAAGACUCAUCUCUAAUCAAGGUCCUGGAAGUCCUGGCAUGGCAAAUUGCCAAAGCAGAUGUGGUGUAUCGCAAGAAGUUGGGCUCACAGCUCUUUGGCAAAUCCUAUAAAACCAACUCCACAUUCUUUCUCUUGGUAGAUGGGAUCGACCAGAUGAACAAGCAACAUCUAAAGAACACUGCUUCCACAUGGCCUCGGUUCACUCUUCAUAUCCUCCUAAUUAAGCGGACGGAGACUAUAAACAAGAUCCAGACUCAAAUCAAAAGCGAAAUUUCUGUCAUCCAUCUGGCCUGCGCGAAUCGUGACAAUAUGAUUAACUUCAUCAACGACCGAAUAAACAAGAUGGAGAUUCUCAAUGGACCGUCGGAACAAGUGACCAAUGAUGAAAUCAGCCGCAAGAAACGCCCCAGCGAGAUCCGCGACAUCUUAGCCCGAAAGAAUAUCUCCGAUCUCAAUCAUCUGCUCACGUGGAUCGAGCUGGAAGCUGCACUCUUCCUCAAAAAUCACCAGUAUUCUUCAUUACUUUGCAUUGAAGGCGCACGCGUUCAUUUUGUCUCCGAUUCAAUGAAGGACUUCUUCCGCAAAAAGUCUGCCACAGAAGGCACCAGAGACGACCGUGAUAUUGAAACCGUCGGCGAUGUCAGUGAGGCUGAAGUAAGGAUUAUGCGACGAUUCCUUGAAUCCAUCUGCGACCCGAAACUGUUCAACAGAUUCGGAUUCGAUGAAUUCUUUAAGCACAAAAUGAGAGAAAAAACAGUACAAAUUGCAGUGGACACCGAGACGGCACAUCUGAUGAUCAUAUCAGCAUGUCUGGAGGUUAUCUAUUCAAAACCAUCACCAAAUUUGAAUCCUUUGCUUCAGUAUACAGAGAACAAUUUGGGCAAGCAUCUCAAGCAAGCGGACCCUUCAUUAACUCACCCGCAUCAAAAGAUAGCAAUAGGCCCUCAGUUGGUAAAAGUCUUUACCGAUGACGAGGAGGAGAAAAAGUGGGUCAAGAGUCUGAGUUCCAAAUCGGAGCUUGAUGCCGAUCUCCUUGAACAUAUCGGCAGAGUCUGUGCUCGCAAGUGGCUCCAGUACGGUCCAAGGAACCUUGAAUAUGUGUUCAAUGACGUGCGUGGGUACAUCACCAAGGUAUAUCAUAACCAUACGCUACCCGGCAAAGAUCCACGGCUGACUCUUCUUCAGAUUGAGAACCGUAAAGAUCCUAAGAUCGAAAGAUUGGUCAAUGACCCAGACACUGAGCAUGUCCACACCUCCCAUAUAUUAGCUGCAGCAAAAUGGGCUCAGGCGCAGAUUGGACUCGAUACUCUAGGCUAUGAGGAGAACCGUAAUUUGGCACGUACUUUGCAAGUCUUUGGCAAGUACGAUGAGGCUAUCGAGCAUUUCAAACUUACAUCUACACUCGCGCAGGAUAACUGGUCCUCACAGUGGGGACUAGCAGACUGUUAUGCUGGCCGGAAGGAGUUUACCACCGCUAUCGAAAUUUUGGAGGUUACAAAAAGAGGAAUUGAGUAUGGAGAAUCAGGAAAUGCUGCAGAGCUCAAAGCUGAGCUAGCGGAUAUGAAUCGAGACCUAGCUGAAUGGAACAAGGAGGCUGGUCGAAGUGAAGUAACUCUUGAUAUUUACGACAAGCUACUACAAGAGUUCCCCGAUGACUAUGAUACGGCUCUUGCACUCAUGGCGCUGUUGCAUAAGCAGGGGAACUACCAGCGUUUGCUUGAGUUCCUCCAGUCAAUGAAAGAUUCUAUAGAUGAGAUCAGUGGUUUCAAUCGGCAGAUUCAAAAUUUUCAUAGGCAUUUUGAUCGGCCAGAAUACCAUGAAGCUCUCUUUGCAUCAGUUCGCAGCGACCGAGAGUUCAACAUCAUACUCCAAAGCUACGAGGCAGCCAUUAAUGCUGCCAAAACACGAGUCGCGCAGGGAAGAAAGACCAACAACCCCGAAGAGGAAUGGAGGGCACAAAUCUGCCAGAUUGAAUUGAUGUAUCACCUUGCACUUCUGCAUUACGACAAUAGUGCCGGAAACCUCGACCGGGUGGAAUUAGCUAUCAAUCAGUGGCUGGCAAUUCUGCAUAUGAAUGCAAAUGAUGACUUUAUUGUUGCAGACAGAAAAGCGCGUGCCGGCUCAGAACUUGCUAUCGUCUGCUUUGAGCAAGCUCUACAGUACCCAAGCACUGCUGCAACUUACCUGGAGCAACUAGAGAAUGUCGCAGCGCUCAAACUCGGGGAAGAUACUAUUCAUGGUACACAUCCGGCGCGACUUCUUGCUCGGUACCACGCCCUGCAAGGCGACGAACAGAAUGUCAAAAAUGUCCUACGCGGCUACAUCAAGCAGAACCUUGACCUUCUUUCAGAUGAUGAUCCACUCAAUGACUGGCAAGGAUACAAUGGUUUAGCUAUGCAUUUCAUGUUCGCCGGCCAUGAUGCCGACGCUCUCGCCGCUUGGUCAUUGAUAACGCCCGAUGAUGCCACGGGAAACACUGAAAAUCUCACUAUGUCUGACACAACUGAGCGUAAACUCGCGGGACCCUUGAGAGACAUUUGCGAUGGGGCCUGUGGCAUCUACUGGACGUACGCAGACAAUUUCUACCUUUGCAAGGAGUGUGAUUACAUCAAGUUUGACCAACGGUGCUUGGACAAUCUGCGGAAUGGGACGAUGAAGCUAAAAAUUUGUAAGAAAAAUCACGAGAUGCUCCACAUUCCGGCCUACGAUCCAGUCGAGCGACGGAGAAUUGGCGACGGCAAUGUGAAGGUCGGCGAAGAGAUCCUUAAGAUGAAUAUCAUUCCAUACCAGGAUGAGACCUUCAAGGCGGAAAUCAUUAUUAUAAUCCAGCAGGCCAGGCUAAUCAUGAUUAAUAUAUUUGAGAGUAAUUUAAAUAUAGUCAGUCUAUCGUCUAUCUAA